GCUCUUGCUCAAAUCUUGCAUAUUCUACUAGUUCUUGUUUUGGUAUACCUGUUGAUCUUCUUGAUUCUUGGUUUUUGUUCAUAUGGACACCUCUUUAGAAGGGGUGACGAUUAUCAGAAGAUACCUAUAUGAGGAUGACCUGAUUGUAAAUCUGUUUAGCCUCCAUGAGCUACGAGGUGAAAGGGGUAUUCUUUGAAGUACCUGCUGCCCUAGAGUUUUGUUCCAAGUGAAAUGGUUCUUUGAUCUAGCUGCUUGGAUUUUUGUUUGCCCUUUUAAUUGGAAGACAUGAAUCUUCUAAGCAUCUUGAUCCCAGUCAUUGCUUUGUUCUGUUAAUUAAUUUUAGUACUUGAGGUGCUAGAUCCUGAUCUCCUGAUUAUAUCUGCUCUUGAAUUCUUGUUCUCAUUGUCAUUAUUGAAAUCUCUUUUGUGGGCUUAAUCCUUGAAUUCUAUUGUUUGUUUCAUGGUUAACUUUUGUUUCUCAAUUUUGAUUGCUUGGUUAAAUUUGAUCUUGAUUCUUGGUGAAUGCCAUUUUGUUGUUGAAUUUUUGAGGCAUUCUACCUUGCACUCUUAUGUUAUAGUAUUCUUCCAAGCAUUCAUAUUUUCCAUUGAUUUUAUUCUGUUGCAAUUCUUGAGAUUCUUACCCGUCAUUGAUGGGUCUAGCUUUUAACUCUUGUUAAUUGCUAAAAUCUGUCUCUUGAUUUCAGUUGCCUUGUUAAAUAUGAUCUUGGUUCUGGUUAACCUUGUUUUGUGGCAGAAUUUAUAAGGCAUCCAUGCACUUGUUCAUUCAUUCAUGAUUCAUAUAUCCAUUGGAUGCUUAUCCGUCCUUGAUAGAGUUCAAAUUUUGUUGUGCUCGUCAUUAAAUCCAUGCCAUUCUUUGCUAACUCGUCUUGUGUUGGGUUCAAAGCGUAACCUCACAAUUGUUCUUUUGUGGCUUUGGCAGGAUUUAUUUCUAUUCCUUGUACUUCCCCAUAUCACCCCAGCCUCUAGUAGCUCAUUUCAUGGUAAACCCUGUUAAGUAGCUAGUGUCCUGCUUUUAUGGUUAGCUGUGGAUUGAUAUCAGAGUGGCGCAGCGGAAGCAUAGUAAGCCAUGUCUGUUCAUAGAAAGUUAGUGAGUGGGGCAUUUGUUUUGUCUU